GAUCUACCCAAAGGGAGGCGAGGAUUCUCGGAGCUGUAAGACAUGAACUCUCCUAUCGGCAUGGCACGGCAGCGGCAGCGAUAAGAAGGUCUCACGUCAUUUCACAGCCUGAUCACCUACCCCUCCCUCCCUUUUCCGCCAGCUGCAUCCUCACACCUGCGCAACCAAAUUACCAGGCCGAAAGCCAUCUCGUUUGGGGACUACAUCCAUCAACUUGCGGUUGAAAGGCUGUCAGAAUUCCUUUUCAACCUAAGCUAUAAUCCUGACCUCUCUGGUGGUCUUUCUCCGCGAAGAUGGAUCCCGCGAAGCUUACUGGCCAGGCACUCCUCAGCCACACCAUUCAGACGACGCCCAUUAUCGACAACCAUGCCCAUCCUCUUCUAGAUCUCGAUGCAAUUGGCCGUUACCCUCUUCUAUCAAUCACCACUGAAGCUCACGGCGACGCAAUUCACGCCUCACUGACCAGUUUGGCCCAUUUGCGCGCCGUCAAACAGCUCUCCAAGAUCCUUCGAUGCGAGCCGAGCUGGGAAGCCGUCGUGAAUGCCAUUGAGGCGAAACGCAUCGAGGACUACGAUGCCUGGGUCGCGGAAUGCCUCAAUGGAAUUGAAUCGGUUCUGGUCGACGAUGGUUUAGAUGGCGAGAAUGCGGUCUAUCCUUACACGUACUUCAGCGACCUUACACGCAGCCCUGCCAAGAGGAUUGUGCGCAUCGAGAAGAUUGCGGCAGACAUUAUCAAUAACCAUCUCCCCACGGAUGAAAAUGCUCCAAGAACCGCCAAAGACGCCGGGUCCGUGUUUGAAAAGGCAUUGAAGGCGUUUGAUCACAGCAUUGUGGAGGCCAUAGCCGAUCCAGAAGUCGUUGGCUUCAAGUCCGUGAUUUGCUACCGCACUGGUUUGGGUAUUCCCAGAAGACCAGACGCUGCUGCGGCUCGCAAGGCAUUCGAGGAGAUCCAUGAGAAACAUACCAAAGGCACUGACAAGGCAUUCACACGCGUCAAUCAUCGUGGGCUUAAUGAGUACCUGGUGCACAGGUUGGCUUGUCUCAUCAGGAAUGCUUCAGGCUCUGGCAAGAAGCCAAUUCAAUUUCAUACUGGCCUCGGCGACAACGACAUCACUCUCACCUCCGCUUCCCCAUCACAUCUACAGGAGUUCAUUCGCCAGUACCCCACGGUUCCCAUUGUACUCCUGCAUGCCAGCUAUCCCUUCAUGAGAGAGGCCGGGUACUUGGCGUCUGUGUAUGCCAACGUCUACACUGAUAUUGGCGAGAUAUUUCCGUUCCUGAGCAGAGAUGGCCAGGAAACUGCCGUGCGGCAGGUUCUAGAGUUGUGUCCCUGGUCUAAGAUAUUGUGGAGCACUGAUGGGCAUUGGUUCCCAGAAACCUACCUACUCGCCGUCCUCCAAGUGCGGGAGGUCUUGGAAAAGGUCUUGUCUGAAUAUUCCCGCAAGGGACACAUGACCUGGCGGGAAGCAACCCAACUCGUCAAAGACAUCCUCUUCAACAACUCCAACCGUGUGUACCAUCUCGGAUUAGAGUUCAGCUUCGAUGAAACAAUUGCGAACCCGAGGAGACUGUCAGGAAGAAGUGAUCUUGACAUUCUAGAAGCUUUCCUGGAUGGGAAAAAGCCACCUCAAUACCUGCGCAUCUACUGGAAUGACCUGACAGCAACACCACGAGUUCGCGCGAUACCAAUGCGCAAAGUUCUCUCUGUAAUGAACGAAGACGGUGACUUCUCCAUCAGUAUCACAAAAGCAAGUCUCGGACUGUUGCAGAACGACCACGUGGUCCCGGGGGCAUCUGGCACCGGAGAGUACCGCCUUCAUCCCGACUUCACCUCACUUCAGGAGGGUCCCAGAGAGGGUCAUAUCAGCGUCUUUGGCGAUUUCAGAGAGUAUGACGGCUCAGCUGUACCCUUCUGUCCGCGAUCCUUACUGCAAAGGGUGAUCGAGAUAGCUGCCCGACAUGGUUUGACCUUCAGUCUCGGAUUUGAGAUUGAGCUGGUUCUCCUCGAGCGAGUGGAUAACUCCUUCGAAAAGUACAAAACUCUUAGCAAUGACGGGCACGCAUGGUCUACCUCCCGCAUGAUGGAUCACCCUGUCUUUGCUAAAGUCAUUGAGAAGGCUGUGGCCGAGCUAGACGCCAACGGCAUCUACAUCGAGCAAGUGCACCCUGAGAGUGCGGCCGGCCAGUUCGAAGUCAUCCUUCCUCAGGCGCCUCCGCUCGAAGCAGUCGACACAUUGCUUUACGUUCGUGAGGUUAUCUCAAGCAUCGCCGCGGCAGAAGGCUACAGGAUGACUCUUCACCCCAAACCAUAUCCGACAGCUUGCGGCACCGCAGCCCAUGUGCACAUGUCAAUCAACUCCGCUGCGGGCUCUAAGCCAGAGACAUACAACCCAUUUUAUGCCGGUAUCUUAAGGCACCUUCGCGCGAUCACGGCCUUCACAUACAGCAACCCUGUUAGCUACGAGAGAGUUCAAGACGGCUGCUGGGCCGGCGGUCGUUGGGUAACGUGGGGCACCCAGAACAGAGAGACGCCGCUGCGCAAGAUUGAGAACAGCCAUUGGGAGGUCAAGUGCAUGGACGGCAUCGCAAAUCCGUACCUCGCACUCGCUGCACUCCUGGGCGCAGGCACACACGGUGUCAUCGAAGGCGAAAAGAUGACCUGGGGUGAUUGCGAGGUUGACCCUGCGUCUUUGACGCCGAAUGACCGGAAAGAGCUGGGCGUCGAGCAGAUGCUUCCUUCAGGUCUGCCAGAGGCGCUCAAAGCUCUCCGCGCGGACGAUGUCAUGAAUGAGCUGCUUGGUGAGGACUUGAUAGAGAGAUACAUCACAGUCAAGGAGGAGGAAAUGAGAAACCUGGAGGCUAUUAGUAGUGAUGACCGUCGACAGUGGAUCUUGGAGCGAUACUAG